CGGCCUGGCGUUUCCUGAGCAAUGGCCACAGUCACGCCUGAGGGAAGCUCCUCUGCGGAUGCCAGAACACAGGCACACACAGGUUUUACAGUUUUUCCAUUGCUUGUGACAACAUUGCGUUUGGGGAAACAAACCAGAGCCUUCUCAUAAGCAGAAAUGUUAGUUUUGCCUUCGAAGCUUUUGAUGGAUGUUGAUUUGUUUUGUGCGUGUGACAUCGCACACUGAUCCACUGAGUAACACCUUAAGCCAAAAUGCAACAUUGCAAAUCCUUUCAUCUCAUCCGCGGCGAAAGAAAACAACGUCCCUGCCUCGGCUCUGAUUUCACGCCAAGAGAAACUCCCGACUGCUGCUUGUCAGAGCUUUUCCUGGGCUCUCACCCCUCGCCCUCCCGCGCUGGCGGAGCGGGGUGAGUUUGCACAGACCCGACUCGUUCUCCGAGGGGCCAGCAAGUUCCCCAUCAUCCUGCACGGGGUCUGCUCCCUGCCAAGCCGAGCCUAGCCAAGCUGGGAGCGUCCCAAGCUGGGCCCGAGCGGCUCCUCCCCCGACGUAGGCAAGGUUACACCUCUCUUCCCUACGCCUGUCAGCGAACAGCUGGACUUCUCUGGUUACAUGUGUGCAACCUUUUAAAAAAAACACCCAGGCUGGCUUACUCAGCAGUUUAUAAAAGAGUGAUUUACAAAAUGCGGCUUUCUUCCAGAUCAGCCCGUGCCGUUGUAUUUAUGUGACUGAAGGUCUCAGCUGAUCCCUUCUUUUCUUGUGCAGCAGCAGCAGCAGCAGCAGCCACGGCCAGUACAAUACUUAAGAAGGUUCCCAGAAGGAUGGCGUCCCUCCUGGAGAUGAAAGAAAUCUUCCGCAACGCUGAUGCAGUGUGCUUUGAUGUGGACAGUACAGUCAUCAGGGAAGAAGGCAUCGAUGAGCUUGCGAAGUUCUGUGGAGUCGGAGAUGCCGUCGCAGAGAUGACCCGCAGAGCCAUGGGUGGUACUGUGACAUUCAAAGCAGCUUUAACGGCACGAUUGGGUCUCAUACGUCCUUCCUACGAGCAAGUGCAAAAGCUAAUCUCUGACAACCCACCUCAGCUAACACCAGGAAUAAGGGAGCUGGUGAGCCGGCUUCACCAGCGAGGGGUCCAGGUCUUCCUGGUCUCCGGGGGAUUUCAGAGCAUUGUGGAGCACGUGGCCUCGCAGCUGAACAUUCCAGCAGCAAACGUCUUUGCCAACAGGCUGAAGUUUUACUUUAAUGGAGAGUACGCAGGAUUUGAUGAAACACAACCAACAGCUGAAUCGGGAGGGAAAGGAAAGGUUAUUGCUCAUCUGAAGGAACAGUUCCAAUUUAAGAAAGUAGUUAUGAUUGGUGAUGGAGCUACAGACAUGGAAGCCUGUCCCCCUGCUGACUGCUUCAUUGGAUUUGGAGGAAACGUAAUCAGAAAGCAAGUAAAGGAGAAAGCUAAAUGGUACAUUACUCACUUUGAUGAACUGCUAAAAGAACUGGAAGAACGAUAAAUUAUACAGUAAAAUAAUAUAUUUAACAACUAUAAAUCCAUUAUACAAUGCAAUUAAACAUAUAUUUGUUUGCAAA